AUGACCAAAUUGCAGACCAUCGGCCGUGGAGCCUGCGGCACUGUAUGGGCGUCCGAGACGGGACCUGCCUACAAAAGGGAGGAUGGCAACCCAGCACGAUCCCUCCGAAAUGACUUUGAAAUGCACAACCGAGUACUUCGAAGUCAACACACCCUUAUGAGCCUGGGAAAAUCCACAAAAGUUCAAAUCCAAAUACCAUCGUGUCACAAGUUUAUUGAGUCAGAGAACAAGGAGUGGUGGGCUGCAAAUCUAGAAAGAUUUCCACAAGGCUAUACUUCAUGCAAUAUGAUCGAAGCACAACGAAUUCCACCGUUUGGAGAAUCAAUCCGACAGCUUCUUAUUCAAGAAUUUUGCCCGGACGAGAUCAAACAAAAGAUUAUCAAUAGUGAGCCGGAUCGAGACUGCUUAAUUCGACUAUAUUUGGGCAGACGCCGAACACAUACCCGGGAUUCCAAAACCUUCUCACGCUUCAAAGCAUUCUCCUUGCGAAAUUAUCCGUUACACAAUGACCAGCUAGAGGAACUGGCGAUCACGGCAGAUGAUCUUCGCCAAUAUGCUCGAACGAUGGCAGAAGGACUCGCUAUGAUGCACUGGGUUGCUGGCAUAGAUGCCAAUGAUGUUGAGUUUGUGCUCGCACCUUGCAAUGAUAACGACAGUGGUCGUUUCAACAAUGUCUUGGGAAGGCAUAGCAUGUGGAUACUAGACUUUGAUCGAUGCAGGAAUAUGACAAUGGACGAGGAUGGGGUUGGAAAAGCUGUGAAGACCUUCUGGAGGAACGAUCCCUUCUACCCUCGUCCGGGAAAUUCCCUAUGGGACACAUUCCGAGAUCAAUACAUUCAUAUCAGUGAUGAGUGUCUGGAGCUUCGUGAUGUCCAGGAAAGGGAAAAGCAACGAUUUCUGUCGAGGUUGUUUAUUAAACAAGUGGAAUCCUGGGGCACCGAAGUCAACUCUUAA